AUGAGGCAAUUUGACAAGACCAACCAAACUCGAUCUGUUCAAUCGGAUGCAAUCAAGGCAACAUUAAAUCUACAGCAUAACUGUCAUUCGGCCAACUGUCAAGUCGGCAACACAAGGAGCACCAAAAUCGAAAGAUUGAAUACAACUGUCAAAACGCCUGAAGUCACACAUAUUGGGGACAACAGCUUUAUCCUGAAUUCGGCAUCUUUGCAUGCGCCCGAGGCCCAUCGACGAUUGGCGGACUUGCAGAUAAACCCGGUAACACCAGAACACUGGCUCGAUGUCUGUCAAGCCGGGUUGGAGAAUUGGGGAGUGAUUACUGUUCCUGAUCAUGCAGGUCUGCAAGCUGAAGAUACUCCAGCCAGGUCGCCGGAGAUUCCUUCAACACCAAUCGUGUAA